AUGGACAGCUCAACGUUAUCCUCAAAGAAGGUGUUGAUCGUCUACGCCCAUCAGAGCAACGGCUCAUUCAACGCCGCAGCCAAAGAUGCAGCAGUGGAGGCUUUAACUGCUCAUGGCUACACGGUGGAAGUCUCUGACCUGUAUGCUAUGAAGUUUAAAGCUGCUGCUACUGCUGAAGACAUCAUUGGGGAAGUUAAGAAUGCCGAACACUUCCGUUACGCAGAGGAGACGAAACUGGCCUGGGAGGAGGGAAGGCUUUCUGCUGACAUCACUGAAGAGCAGCGCAAAGUCACUGGGGCAGAUCUGAUCGUGUUUCAGUUUCCCAUGUACUGGUUCACUGUGCCUGCGAUCAUGAAGGGCUGGUUUGACCGGGUGCUCACGCUGGGCUAUGCCUACUCGCACGAUAAGAGAUACAGCCGUGGUGUCUUCAAGGACAAGAAAGUCGUUCUCUCCUUCACCACUGGAUCUGCUGAGUCCAUGUUCAGUGCUAAUGGCAUCAAUGGAGACAUGAAUGUCACUCUGUGGCCCCUGCAGAACGGUAUCCUCCACUACUGUGGCUUCCAGGUUCUGGCCCCUCAGAUCUUCUGGGCUCCGUCUCACAUUCUCCCCAAGGCCCGGAAGACCCUGCUGGACGACUGGCGCACUCGACUGCAAGGCCUCCUGGGAGAAGAGCCACUUUCCUUUACUUCCAUGGACUGCUUUGACGGGGAGGGCUUCCAGCUGAAGCCUGAGGUCCAUGAAAAACAUGCCACCAAGGAGUUUGGCCUUACUGUCGGGAUCCACCUGGGAAAACCGAUUCCUCCCCACAACCAGAUGAAAGCUGGAGUCUGA